CUUGCGCUCUUGUGAACCAUCUUGUUCUUUACCACGCGGUUCUGCACAGAAAUUGCUAUAGAAAUCGUCUAAAAAUUGUGACUUCUGCUGGAGAUAUUUGGCUUUAUGACGCAGGGUGUACCAUGCCAUCGGCUAAUCCACUACCUCCGAAGGAAAAUACUCUUUUUAAGAGAGUUUUAAAAUGCUACGAGCAGAAGCUGUAUAAGAAUGGAUUGAAAUUUGCAAAGCAGAUUUUGACCAACCCCAAAUUCGCUGAACAUGGAGAAACACAGUCCAUGAAGGGUCUGAUCCUAAACUGCCUCGGCAAGAAAGAGGAUGCGUACGACUUGGUAAAAAGAGGACUUCGAAAUGACCUUCGGAGUCAUGUGUGUUGGCACGUUUACGGACUGCUACAGAGAUCAGACAGGAAGUAUGACGAGGCUAUCAAGUGUUACAGGAACGCCCUGAAAUGGGACAAGGACAAUCUUCAGAUUCUGCGAGACUUAUCUCUGCUGCAGAUUCAGAUGCGGGACCUCGAGGGAUAUCGGGACACACGGUACCAGCUACUGUUAUUAAGACCUGCCCAGAGAGCAUCUUGGAUUGGCUACGCUAUGGCUUAUCAUCUGCUAAAGGAGUUUGAUAUGGCACUCAAGAUUCUGGAAGAGUUCCGAGCCACACAAGCCGUGAAACCCUAUGACUAUGAGCACAGUGAGUUCCUCCUGUACCAGAACCAGGUCUUGCGUGAGUCUGGGGACUACGAGAAGGCACUACAGUUUCUGGAGAAAUAUGAGGCCCAAAUAUGUGACCAAGUGUCAAUAUUAGUAACGAGAGCUGAGAUUUUACUGCAGCUAAACAGGGCCUCUGAGGCAACCAGCAUCUACGAGGAGUUAGUAGAGAGGAACCCAGAGAGUUGGAGUAACUACGAGGGACUAGAGAAGUGUAAAAACCCUCGUAGUGAGGAGGAGAGAUUAGAGAUCUACACACGGAUUGCAGAGAAGUUCCCAAGGGCUGCUGUUCCCAGGAGAAUGCCACUCAAAUUCACAACAGGAGAGAGAUUUGAGAAGCUUCUAGAUGAGUACUUACGGCGAUUACUGAGGAAGGGUGUCCCUACAGCAUUCGUCAGCGUCAAGGGUCUGUACAAGGAGUCCUGGAAGGGGGAGGUUAUCGAGAGAAUCGUAUUAGGGUAUCUGGAAUGCUUAGAAAGUGACAGCAGGUUCAGUAGAGAUGACACAGAUUGUGACCCAGAGGCGCCCACGGUGUUACUGUGGACGUUAUACUUCUUAGCUCAACACUAUGAUCAGCUAAGGAACAUGGAGAAGGCCUUGGAGUAUGUGAACAGGGCUGUGGAGCACACGCCAACGCUCAUUGAGCUGUUCAUUAUCAAGGCCAAAAUAUUAAAGCAUGCGGGUGACGUAAAGAAGGCAGUAGAAUGCCUAGAUGAGGCACAGUCCCUGGACACGGCUGAUAGGUUCAUCAACUGCAAAUGUGCAAAGUAUCUACUGAGGGCGAACCAGGUCAAGGCGGCGGAGGACAUGUGUGCAAAGUUCACAAGGGAAGGUGUUGGUGCAAUGGAGAACCUGAAUGAAAUGCAGUGCAUGUGGUUCCAGACGGAGUGUGCUCUCAGCUUCCAACGGCAGGCAAAGUACGGCGAGGCCCUCAAGAAAUGUCACGAGGUGGACAGGCAUUUUACAGAAAUCAUUGAAGAUCAGUUUGACUUCCAUACGUACUGCAUGCGCAAGAUGACGCUACGAUCCUACGUCAGUCUCCUCAGGCUGGAGGAUGUCAUCAGGACCCACAUUUUCUACUUCAAAGCUGCCAAAAUUGCAAUAGAGGUCUACGUCCAUGUCCACGACAAGCCCCUGGAGGACCUGGACAAGGAAGAAGACCUCGACAUGGAGAACCUCAGCGACAAGGAGUUGAAGAAGAUCCGGAGUAAGCAGCGACGAGCCCAGAAGAAGGCCCAGAAGAAAGAGGAGGAGACCAAGGGCAAAGUGGGCGGAGACAACAAGACGCAAGGUGGAAAGAACAAACACGACCCCGAUCUGGACGGCCCCAAGGAAGAGGAGCUGGUACCGGACAAAUUGGCCAGAGUUGACAAGCCUUUGGAGCAGGCCAUCCACUUCCUGAAGCCCCUACAAACGCUAGCCAAGAACAGAAUACAAACACACCUCUUAGCUUUUGAAAUCUAUUUAAGAAAAGACAAGCUGCUAUUAAUGUUGCAAGCAGUCAAGAGAGGGCACUCGUUAGAACCAACAAAUGCAGCACUUCAUGAAUGCUUAGUAAAGUUAGCUCUUAAAGUGAAUGCAAGGGCAGACAUAGCAGCACCAGUGCAGACGGUACUGUCUGGUGAGUUGGAACGUCUUCUCCAAGGUAAAGACUUGAAGCAAUUCAAUGAAGAUUUCAUCAGUGCUCAUCAGAUGUCACAGGAACACCGCAUCAUUGGAGCUAAAUGUCUGUUCCACCUGGACCCAUCAAGCUUAGAGAGAGCAGUAACCUUAGCAACGUACCUUGGUGAUGACCUCACAGGUAGAAAUUUGCAGAACUCCUCCUAUGCCCUCACCCUCCUCCACGACUUCUUCAAGUGGGAGUCGGCCGUACCGGCCUACCGCGCCCGGUGCCACCAACUCUUCGCCUAUGCAACCGUCUUUGCACCCACCACUGAGAAGAAGCAGAUUGAGGCCCCCGAGCUCUGUAAUAAGGCUAAGGAACCUGUGACGGCUGUUGAGAACACGCAGCACACCAAGGAGCAGUCGCUGUGUAAUAACACACACGUAGAAGCGGAGGCACAGCCUGCAUGCUAGGUUUGGGUGUAGUCAUUGUCUCGCUUCGGGGUAAGGGAUCAGGGCUGGGGGGUGUGGGAAGGGGCGGGUAUUCAAGAAGAGAGGGGUUUGAUUAUUAGAGGAGGUCCUGCAGCCGAUUUCACGAACAGUUGAAUUAAUCCUACCUAGAGUUAGGAAUUCUUACUUACGAUGGGUUCAAUGCGUCCUUACGUCUAUGGUUAACGGAACCUUAACUCGUUCCAAGUCCGAGGAUUAAUCCUGAGUUUGGAAGAGUCUGGUGAAAUUGAAGGUAGGGCCCAAUUUCAUGGAGGUGGUUUAGCAGAAAAUAUUGCUUAACAAUUUUGUUGCUAAGCAAAAAUGAGUGGGAUACCAGUCAGAUGUUGUACAUGUCACAUGGUAGUUUGGCCAGCAACCUCAUUCUGGUAAAGCAUAAUUUUGUUGUGCUUGGCUUUUUUUGUGCUUAAGCAGCUCUAUGAAAUUGGACCAGUUGUUAGAUGCUGUUGUCGUUAUCUUGUCGAGACGGUGUGAUGAAAACACACAAAUCUGUUUCUUUCUUCUUGCAUUAUGAGAGCUACCCUUGGUUUUAUGUGUGUCUAAAUUAUAUCUGAUCUCAUUUGGGGCAGAUGGCUCCAAUGUUGUGAUUUCUUGAUUUGCGGCAAUACUGAAAAACGAAAAAACCUCUGAUUCACAACUAAAACAUUGUCUCUUUGGCUCAUAACCUGAGUCACAGCUUCAUUUUGACAGAAAAGGGAACAAAACCCUAAAACUAAAAGUAUGAAAUACGCCCCUCAAUUGAUUAAACCAAGGUUUAUGACAAUUUUAACUGUCUAGUAGUAAGCAAUAUUUAAUGUACCCGACUGCAAACUGUCCGCUUAGGGCUUUCUUUGUUUUUUAAAUUUUGUUUACGCCCUGUACUGCCCUCGUUUUUUACCUAAAUCUGAACAAAUUUUCUGAUGUUCUCUAAAACUCAUAUCAUUCUCCCGUUGACCAUAGUUGUGAUGUAAUUUCUGACAUCAAGAGGAGUGUGUACUAUUUGUCUUUGUUUGGGGUAUGAUGUUCCACUCGAUAUUUUCAUGUAUUUGAUUGGAUACAAAGCACCAAAGGUUUUUCUUAUGAUGUGUUCAGUAAGAUUUGAAAUAUUGCAUAGUUGGAACACAAUCUAGCAUAGUUUGGUGGAGACACCAUGUACAUUUAACUGUCUCUAUGAGUUGUGUCGUGGGGGUUCUGCAAAGAUGAGGGCCUAAUUUCAUGGCUCUGCGUACCGCCGAAUUCUGUGCUUGUGAUCACCAUUCUUCGGGCAAAUGCAGAUAUCUGCACUAGCUGUGUAAGUGAAGAAUGCCUCAUGUGGACUACACACAUGCUCCAGCAAUGAUAGAUUCCCUGCUAACCUAGGAAAUACGCUUGACGUAAGCACAGAAUUUCCUGCUUUUGUAAGCACCAAAUUUCCUGCUUUUGUAAGCGCCAAAUGUUUCAUUUCAGUAAGCAGAGCCAUGAAAUUGGGCCCAGUAUGCUUUGAUUCUCCUGAAGACAAUCGGAGCACAUUGAUCGAAACGUCAAGUUGUUAUAACACCGGUUCUGUAGAACUGUCACAACAUUUUUUAUGUACAUGGUGUCUCUGCAAUCCUCACUUGAUUAAGGAGAUUGUUUUGUAUUGUGUCAUCAAACUUUGCUUAGCAAAUAUGACUGCUGCACAACUUCAGAACGAUCUUAGCCCUUUGUGAAAUCGAGCGUUUGGGUACAUUUAAGCUGCAACUCAACUAUUUGAGAGAUAGACUUCUAUUUCAGCUGAUUGGUUUGGCUCAAAGUUGUUUAGCCAAACUUGCAACAGCAAUAUUUGAAGGUUUUUUGUUGUGAUUGCACCAAAAAACUUUCAAAUAAUGUUGAGUGAGUAACACUGGUACCGGUACAUGAGUUGUUACGAACAGAAGUGAGGAUCCAAAUUUUUUUUAAUUUAUUAUUUUUGCAUUAUGAAUUAUGAAAACACUCGUUUGGUGUUUGAGUUGCUGUUUGCUGUUUUCUUGAAGAUCCUUGGUUAAUAUUCUUAAGAUUACUUGAAUCCUCCCUAUUCAGUUCACUGGUAACAUACCUACCGGGCUAACGUUGGGUGCAUGUGUUUCUGAUGUUUGUACAGCUAACACUGGUACCACUGACUGCCACAAAGUACCGCAACUUCCAAGUUAGCAAUGGGUGCUGGGUUUCUUCUGUUUGUACAGCUGGUAUUAUCAGGAAACCCAAUAGCUUGUGUACUGUGGGCUUUGUCUCUACAGUCUGCUGUGGUGUUUUGUGGCAAGGACCAGCUGGGUAGGAGAGUAUACCGAUAGUAAUAGGGUUUUAAAAUGCAUCUUAAUCUGAUUAGAAUACCAAAUUCUUCCAUUGCUAACACUGGUACCACUGACUGCCACAAAGUACCACAACUUCCAGGCUAGCAGUGUGUGCUGGGUUUCUUCUGUUUGUACAGCUGGUAUUAUCAGGAAACCCCAUGGCUUGUGUACUGUGGACUUUGUCUCUACAGUCUGCUGUGGUAGUUUGUGGCAAGGACCAGUUGGGGCAGGAGGGACCGAUAGUAAUAGGGUUUUAAUAUGCAUCUUAAUCUGAUUAGAAUACCAUAUUUUUCCAUUGCAUAAUCUAGUUAUGAUUUCAAAGCAAUGAUGUUUGUACUGCUUCAGUUUAUCCUACAGCAGCAACUAAGAGCAAGUUCGAGCAAGUGCACCAUGGUUAACUAAAGGUUGACCAUUUUAACUCGAACUCAGGCCGGUCGACC